AUGGGAGCACCAACUGCUAUUCAGAAGACUGUGGUGCCAGCUGCAGCAGACCUUACAAGCAAAACAAAUGAAACGGUGACAAAUACAGAUAGAAUAAAUCCAGAGGAAGAAGAUGAUGAGAUAAUGAUUGAUACAACCUCAGCAAAGCCUAUACUUGAAGCUGAAGAUUCAACGGCCAAUGAAGAAAAGAAGAAUUUGAAGAAACCAGCAGCAGGAAUUGUUUUGGAUGCUGCAGGAAAGCCAAAGUUUCAAUCCGAAGCUGCAAGUAGUAUGAAGGUGAAGCUUGAAUCUAGAAAAGUUGCAAUACCGCCUCAUAGAAUGUCACCAUUGAAGAAUAACUGGAUAAAGAUAUACCCUGCUUUGGUGAAACAGUUGAAGCUUCAGGUGAGAAUGAAUUUGAGAACUAGAAAUGUUGAAUUAAGAACAUGCAAGAGCACACAAGACCCAGGUGCAUUGCAGAAAGGAGCAGAUUUUAUACAUGCAUUUGCACUUGGCUUUGAUUUGGAUGACGCCAUUGCAUUACUCCGUUUGGAUGAUCUAUAUAUUGAAACAUUCGAGAUUCAGGAUGUCAAAAGUUUGCAUGGAGACCAUCUUUCAAGAGCUAUUGGAAGAAUAGCAGGAAAAGAUGGAAGAACCAAGUUUGCAAUAGAAAAUGCUACAAGAACCAGAAUAGUGCUAGCAGACUCCAAGGUUCACAUUCUGGGAGGUUUUUCACAUAUCAAGAUGGCUCGAGAGGCUGUUAUGAGCUUGAUUUUGGGCUCUCCUCCAGGAAAAGUUUACGGAAAUCUUAGGACAAUGGCUUCUAGACUUAAGGAAAGGUAUUGA